AUCAUGCACUAAUUUAAUACAUCUUUCUCUCUCUAAAAAUAUCUUCUCUCUAUAUCCACAAGGCUUUAGGCGAUUUGAAUAACCUUUUGAAAGGUCCGACUAGCUUAUUUCGUAUUUUAUUAUUCAAUGGAUCAUCAUUAUCAUCAAUAUGUCGAAUUUGGUUUGAAAAGAGAAGAUAGUAUUGAUAGUAACGAUAGAAAAGGUGAUGAAAAUAAUAACAAUUUGGACCUAAAAAGAGGUUCGUGGACUGUUGAAGAAGAUUUUACUCUUAUGAAUCAUAUUGCUCUUCAUGGUGAAGGCCGUUGGAAUUCCCUCGCUCGUUCUGCAGGUUUAAAGAGAACCGGAAAAAGCUGUAGGUUAAGAUGGCUAAAUUACCUUAGACCAGAUGUUCGACGUGGAAACAUUACACUUGAAGAACAAUUGUUGAUUCUUCAACUUCAUUCUCGUUGGGGCAAUAGGUGGUCGAAAAUUGCACAAUAUUUACCAGGAAGAACCGAUAACGAGAUUAAAAAUUACUGGAGAACUCGAGUCCAAAAACAAGCCAAACAACUAAAGUGUGAUGUCAAUAGCAAAGAAUUCAAAGAUACAUUGCAUUAUCUUUGGAUACCAAGGCUAGUUGAGAGAAUUCAAGCUUCUUCUAAUUCAAAUUCAAAUAAUCAAGUGAAUGUUCAACAAACAAAUGACAAUAUUAUUAUUACCAACAAUAAUAAUAUUAUUAAUAAUAAUAAUAUUGUUCCAAAUAUGAAUUUCACACAAGAGAAUUAUUCUAGUACAACAACAACUUCAUCAGAAAACUCAGUUGGGACACAAAUUUCAGACAUGUCUGAUAAUUGCUACACUAAUUACCCUCUUAAUCAAGGUGAUUAUGGGGAAAUCUUGAUUAGUCCCACAGGUGAUUAUUUUCAACAUGGUGGUAUUUUUUAUGAUAAUAAUCAUCACCAAAAUAUGAACCAAUUAUUUUUGGAUGAUAAUGUUUGUGACAAUAUGUGGAAUAUUGAUGAUAUGUUGUUUUUACAACAACAACUCAACUAACUAUGAGGUCUCGGGUUCGAGCUCUGCAUCUGAAAAAAAUUAUGCCAAGAAAUUUUGUGUGCAUCGUGGACUUGAAUUAAUUAGUCAGACUUCAAUUAGAAUAAACAGAAUCAAGUGAGAAUAAACAGAAUCAAGUGUAGAAAUUAUCAAAAUUAGGGUCAUUACUCAUUACAAUUCAUCAAAGAAUAGUUUUUUUUUUUUGAAAUAUUUUUAAUCUUAAUCUUUAUUUAAGUGAGAUACAUAUACAUUAACCUUUUUGAAGGAUUUGUAACAUUUAUCUCUUUUAGCUAAGGAUUUGUAAGAUUUGUAGCAUUUACUUCUUUUAGAAUUUUAUUCUUUGAAUGGGAAGUUUUUAUAUGGUU